CAAGAGUCAAGACUCCUCCCCAACAGAAAAAAUAUUAGCAACGUCGCCGGAAUAAACCAAACGUCUUCAGUUCUUCUUCCUUCUGAUCUAUUUCUUCUUCACAUCAUCCAAUGCGAUCACCAACCUUUACGAAACCUUCAAUGAAACCUUCUUCAAAUCCAUCUUCCUUCUCCGUCAGAUCCUCCUCCGUCGCUGUCUCGUCACACUCAGCAACGGUGGAAUUAAAACAGAGGAUCUUAACCUCUCUCUCUCGUCUCGGUGAUCGCGACACUUAUCAGAUUGCCGUUGAUGAUCUCGAGAAAACAGUCCUCUCCGUCUCCGAUUCUCCCGAUAUCCUCCUUCCCGUGCUUCUCCAUUGUCUCUUCGAUUCCUUCUCCGAUCCUAAAGCUCCGGUCAAAAGAGAAUCGAUACGACUCCUCUCCUUUCUCUGUCUCACUUACACCGAUCUCUCCUCUUCUCAGCUCGCCAAAAUUAUCUCUCACAUCGUUAAGCGUCUCAAGGACGCUGAUAACGGUGUACGCGACGCUUGUCGCGACGCGAUUGGCUCUCUCUCUGCGCAGUUUCUCAAGGAGAAGGAUGAUGGAAUUGGGUCUUCUUCUUCUUCGUUGGUUGGGCUAUUUGCUAAACCCUUGUUUGAAGCAAUGGCGGAGCAGAACAAAAGCUUACAAUCUGGUGCUGCGAUUUGUAUGGGGAAGAUGGUGGAUUCAGUUACUGAUCAGCCUCCCGUUGCUGCUUUUCAAAAACUAUGCCCUAGAAUCUCUAAGCUUUUGAAUAGCCCCAAUUAUAUUACUAAGGCUUCACUCUUGCCUGUAGUUGGAAGCUUGUCCCAGGUUGGAGCCAUUGCACCACAGAGUGUGGCAUCACUGCUACACAGCAUUCACGAGUGCCUUGGAUGUACUAAUUGGGUUACUCGUAAAGCAGCUUCUGAUGUCUUAAUCUCCUUGGCCAUCCAUUCUAGCAGUUUGGUUGCAGACAAAACAGAUUCCACUCUUACAGCUCUUGAAGCCUGUCGCUUUGAUAAGAGGAAUCAUUUGCCAAUAUCUAAGGUUAGAAAGGAGAUUGACACCAGGAAAAGAAAUGCAGAUUACUCUAAUGCAAUGUUCAAGAAAGCACUAGGCGUUAACUAG